AUUUAUCGAUGAAAUUGUCAUCACAGUGCACAACAGUUUGCGAAAAAUUCGUGUAAAAAUUUGCUAUUGAUUGGACAAUUUGUUGGUUUUUAAGAAAGGCAAAAUUUAAUUUUAUCAAGUUUGUUGCCUGUGCCGAGACAUGCAUUAGUGUGCGUAUUCAAAAAGCUGGCUCUGGUGCGUGCGUUGUGCGUGGAAAACGUGUCCAAGACCGUUCAAUUUGAGUGUUUCGUCCGUUUUUUGUCUCGCACACUGGCCAUUAUUUUUCCUCGAUAGGCGCCGAAGGCAGCGACGUCGACAGCGACAACGACGACCGACGAGGAGACGAUAAAAAAGCAUUGCGGCAGUUGCGGCGGGGAGACAGCAGCACCAGUUUUGUUUAAUUAAGUGUGGCAGAAAUAAACAAACAGAUUGGCAUUUGUCACACAGCGAACGAAGAACGGGCGUGGCUAGAGGAACUUGUUAAGAACAACAACAAAAGUUAAACGAGCGCUGGAGCAGCAAGCAACAAGUAGGCGGCUGGAAUGGAAGAGGUAACGCUGACGGAGCCCGAAACACGCUUCUAUGGCGAACUAUUCCAAUGCUGCGACGUGGAGAAUGCCGGCAAAGUGCCGAUGCUCAAGGCAACCGAAUUGUUUCGCUCAGCGGACAUUGCCAACGAGACAGUGAUUGAGAUCACUGCCUUAGCUGGCAUUCCGUCGACGGCGCUGCACAUCUCACGUGCUCAGUUCUAUUCAUGCCUCAAGCUCAUUGCUGCCCAUCAGGCAGCGAUGCCGUUGCGCCAGGAGCUAAUAGCGGCCACAAUGCCGCUGCCAUUGCCGCAUUUCAGCUGGAAAGAAGCUGCGACAACUGGUUGCGAGAAUGGUUUGGGUGCACUGCCUCCGCCGCCGCCCACAGACCGUCGCAACUCGCUGCGUCGCAACUCCCAGCAACAGCAGCAGCAGCAACAACAGUUGGACCAGUUGCAGGACACGUCGGAUGUGCCCAGCACUGAUUCAGAGGUGGAGCAAAACGAGUCGAGCUGUGGCGGCGAUUUCGAUGAGCUGGCUGGCGCUGCACACGAUGUGGGUGCUGUUGUCAGCAGCAGCAGCAGCAGCCGCGAGACACAACGUCGACGUGGCGCUGGCAACGGCGGCUCACCGGAAGCGUGGAGCACCAAUAGCGAUAGUCCAACGCCCACGAACAGCGUGGCGGAGCGUCCUUGGGCACAGGAUACGCUGUGGCAGGGCUUACUGGGCGACGAGCAUCGCCAGCUGCUGGGCACCGAGGAGGAGUCCUCGGAUCGCCACAGCAGCGAUGAGGAUGACAACGAAAAUGAGCUAAUCACCAUCUAUCAAAUAACCGCCGAGCAGCGCGAAUACUAUAAUAAGCAGUUUCGCGCUGUGCAGCGUGAUCCACACGGUUUACUCUCUGGUCAGGCAGCGCGUGUCUUCUUUGAGAAGAGCCGCAUUCCUGUCGAGGAGCUGCGUCACAUUUGGCAGCUGUGCGACGUGACACGCGACGGUGCUUUAAGUCUAUCCGAAUUCACAGCUGCCAUGCAUCUGGUUGUGCUGCGUCGCAAUAAUAUUCCCUUGCCCAGCAGCUUGCCUCAUUGUUUGCAUCCUCAAGUGCUCGCGGCGGCAGCGACAGCAACUGCAACAUCAACAACAUCAUCCUCAUCGUCGCUGACGGCAACGCACAUACCUCAAGAGCCGCCUGAGGCUGAUCUCCUGCAUCUGAACGAUGAUGACGAUGACGAGCAUACGGACAAUACGAUUAUAAGUAGCUCGCAGGCGAAUAAGUCACGUGCUGUCGCUGCAAACAACGAAAAGAACAUUAUGAAUCUGAGCAGCAUCUCGACUUCGAGUCAGGUGAGCAACAGCAGUGGCUCACGACGAGAGGUGACUACAACGACGCCACCAUCUCUGAAAAAUCGCAGCAUUUCCAAUUCGCCAAAUGUUGAAAAGUCAAGCACAACAACAUCAGCAGCAACUUCGGGCGGUGCUGCAACUGCCGGAGCAGCAACAGCAGCUGCAGCGGUCACAAACGAUUCCAGCCAAUGGACCAAGUUUAGCGAAUCUCCCACGACAACGACAGGUCAAAUUGUAGGUGCAACUUCUACUGUGGCUGCUGCCGCCAACACUAACGCGACCAUUUCUAGUCCUGGUCUCAAGCCAGCGCUGUUCGACAUGAAACGCACUGCUCAGGAUGUGGGCUCGAAUCCGCAAAUCUUGCAUCCCGUGCCGCUGCGUGUGACGCCAAUAGGCACAGCUAUUGUUGCCACUGGUGAGCAAGCGAAUGCUCAAGCAGUUGCCGCAAAUGAUAUGGAUGGGGUGGUCGUGUUGCGCGAAGAGAGCCCCAAGGCUGCAGCCACAAUAGCAGCAGCAACAGCAACAGCUGCAACGACAACGACAAACAAUCAAACGUCUACAACGCAUCGUGAUCGCGAUCGCGACUCCAUGCAGAGCAGUGAUCUGCGCGCCAUUCAACGUCCCCAGGCUAAAAAGCUGCCAGCUAAAAACAUUGGCGCUCUGCCGCCACCGCCUCAACGGGAGCCAAGCAUUGGCUCCUUGGGUGUCAAUGAGCCACCAGAGCCACAAACGGUAACAGCGUUGCCCAUGGGUUAUGCCAAAAAGGAGCCGCCACCUUUGCCGCCGCCAAGACCACAUCGACACACACGCAGCAGCAGUCUGGACUUGAACAAGUUCAAAAUGGGCGCAGCUGCUGCACAGCAGCCAGAGAUAACCGCGCAAGCCAGCUUUGAUAUGCAAACCUCAACGGGUUUUGCCGAUUUCACGCACUUUGCCAACGAAGACGCGACUGUUUUGGAUGCGAGCAGCAGCAGCGCUAAUGCCACAGUCGCUGCCUCGAUUGCCGAGCAGCAGCAGCAUUCAUUGCCACCGGUGCCGCCGCCGCCUGCUUUUGUGCCGCCCACGCGCAUCUCGUUGCAACAGACACAGCAGCGCAUCUCAGCAUUCGAGGUGUAUCGCAAGCCGCAGACACCGGCACCGUUAACGUCGACAUCAACUUCAACGGUGGCAGCACAAUUGCCCAAUGCGGAGACCUUCGAUAAACGUGUGUCGGCCAUAAGCGAUUCGUUGCGCCAUGUCUCCUUCAAGCAGAAUCAAACGAGCACCACCGAGUUGCUGCAACGUCUGCGGGAGCAGAACAAUUCGCUGCUGCAUCUGUGCAACGAUCUCAGUGACGAGCUGCUCUGCGUGCAGACCCGCAAGGAGGAGAUGCGUCUCAAAUUGGAGAACUCUAGCAGCUGCUGGUGGAGCUGCAGCCAUCGAGGCAGCAGCAGACUCAUCGAUGACGGCGCCAAUGACGGCGAAUGUGACUGGUGGCUCAGCCGGAUCGUCCGGUGGCCAUACAAAUGUUUAAAGUGUUUUUGUUGUACUUGUUUCUGUUAGUGUUGUAUGCAACACACACACACACACAUAUAUAUAUAUAUAUAUGAGAAGGAGGCAUCAACAGUUAAUGCGAAUUUCGUUUUGCACGCUGCUUGCAUUUUUUUGCUGAUUUAAUUGUAGGCUAGUUCAAUCUCAAUUAAUACAAUAAUGUAUGGAAAUUGUCAUGCGCAUGCAACAAAUACCACAAAUCCAUAACAAUAACAAUAGUGCCGCCUCUACACACACACUCACACACAAAUUAUUUAUGCAGGCAGAUCAAUUUAUGUAUACUUCUCGCUAGCGCACAUAAAGCUAAUUGAAUUAAUUGUUAAAGAUAAAUGUGUAAAUGUAAAAAUGACAAACGUUCGCUUUAAAGAAUAUACUCCACUACAGGCAACUCCUCCUUAGAUGAUCGAUUUGGCGGCCACAAAGUGGCAACGCAACAUGAACUCAUUGCUAAUUUUGCAUUUCUUUUUGGCUACAAACCUAAUAAAUCACUGUUUAAUCUCUGCUAUUAUAUUAACACUUAAUUUGCACGAAAGGCAAACAAAAACAAUAAUUAAUUUUGUAAAACCUCGAAACCUGGUUCCAUUAGGAAAACAAAACGACCUUCUCACUCAUUCCGGCAAUGAAAACAAAAUUUAUAAUGUUUAAUGUGCUAAAAAACAAAAAAAGAAAAAAACAAAUAA